CAAAUUAAAUAUUCUUAAAGAGUUUUUCAAGUAGUCAUUCAUGGCUUUUAAGAUUUUUCAGCUCAUCUCCUUCAUCUUCCUCAUUUUCAUACUACUUGCUCCUAGUGGCCAUGCCAAGAGGAACACCCCAAGUGGCAAAAAAUCCUCACCUUUUGAUUUCAUCAAGAAAUUAAAAGGUUGUCACAAGGGCAACAAUACUAAAGAGAUCCAUGAGCUCAAAGUCUACCUCGAGAAAUUCGGUUAUCUCAGAUAUUCAAACAAAACACAAGCCACUAAUGAUGAUUUCGAUGAUGUCCUCGAAUCAUCCAUCAAAACCUAUCAAGAAAACUACCACAUCAAACCCUCAGGGGUCAUGGACGACGAGACGAUAUCAAGAAUGACAACCCCACGAUGCGGGGUGCCUGAUAUCGUCAACGGCACUAACUACAUGCAACCUCGAAACAGAAACCACGAGUCUGGCUCGAGCGGCAUCCACGCCGUGUCCCACUACAGUUUCUUUGAAGGAGAGCCUAAAUGGCCGCCUUCCAAAUCCCAUUUGACCUACAGGUUCUUGCCCAAUGUUCCCGCCUUCGCCAUGGACCCCGUGGCACGUGCCUUUCAGAAGUGGCAAUCUUCCACACACUUCACCUUCGCACGUGCCCAAACCAACCAAAAUUCGGAUUUGGUUAUAGGGUUCUACCGCGGGGAUCAUGGUGAUAUAGACCCUUUUGAUGCCCGCGAUGGAACCCUAGCUCAUGCAUUUGCACCAACUAAUGGAAGCUUCCAUUACAACGCCGACAUGAGGUGGUCAGUUGGGGCAGUUGCCGGUGCUAUCGACUUGGAAACCGUCGCGCUUCACGAAAUCGGGCACCUUUUAGGGCUGCAUCAUAGCUCAGUUGAGGCGGCAAUCAUGUAUUCUGAACUCGGAGGCGGACAGAUUAAAAAUUUGCAUGCAGAUGAUAUUGAAGGAAUAAAGUUUUUAUACAAUCGCUAAAAUCUUAAUUAGAUCUAAAGGUGUGUGUUUAUUUGCACGUGAAAAUAUUUUUUCACUAUGUUGGGAUUUUUGUAAUAGUAUCUAAGGUUCGUCGUUGGUUUUUAUGUUUUGUCGUAAUUUGUAAUUAAGGUGUAUGGAUUUUGGACAUUGAAGUCCACAAGAUGAUGAAAUGAAGUCUUUU